AACACUUGAUAAUUUCUCGUGCUUGGAGUUCAAGGAACGAAAAAAGGAACUAAUUCCAAGUUUCAAACCUGUGGAAAGUUUCUGUUCACGAAUUCGAAGAAUUUUCCUGUAAUAUGCUCGAUUGAUAUGAGAAAAUGACGAUGAUGAUGUUAAGGAGCGGUUUACCGGCGGCGAGAAGAUUGAUUUUUCUACGUUUCUUCUCAUCAUCGUCGGCCAAAAUUGAUGCGAUGCGUUCUGGUGGUGUUGCCAGUGGUUUAGCGGCAGAGGAUCUGCUGUUGGACGAAGAAUCUGCUCCGACCACCGCUGUAAAGUCUAAUAUAAUACCUACGCUUCUACAGCCGCGCGUUGUGGUCUAUGAUGGAGUCUGUCAUCUCUGUCACCGAGGGGUGAAAGUUGUUAUUAAAGCAGACAAAGAUAGGAGAAUCAAGUUCUGUUGCCUACAAUCUAAGGCGGCUGAACCAUACAUGAGAAUUUGUGGUGCCGAUCGUGAGGAUGUUCUUCGUCGUUUCUUGUUCAUCGAAGGACCAGAGGCAUACCACCAAGGGUCGACUGCUGCACUGAAGGUGCUUUCUUACUUACCAUUACCGUACUCGGCAUUAAGCACUCUCAUGAUCGUGCCAACUCCCAUAAGAGAUGCUGCAUAUGACUACAUUGCCAAGCGCCGAUACGAGUGGUUUGGCAAGGAUACAAAUUGCUUGGUGUUGAAAGAGAAGGAAUUGCUUGAACGGUUCAUCGAUAGAGACGAAAUGGUUAAGAAGAAAUGGUCAGAUGACUAAUUCUGCAUCUUUAAGGUUAUAUACCUAAAGAGUAAGAUUCAGGGAAACACCCAAAAAAAAUGAAAAAUUGAAAAACACUCUAAUAACCGUUCAUCUGUAAUACAGAUAUGCACAUGUUCAUACAAGUAAUUGAAGAUGUUUCUUGGAUUCUAUGCGUGUAUAUACUGUUCAGAUGAACGGUUAUUAGAGUGUUCCUCGGUUUUUUAUUUUCUUACGGCUUUCCUCUGAACCUUACCCUAUACAUAAAUAUCUCUUUUUUCCAUAUCUCAGCAAGAAGCUUAGUUUUAGGUUGUAAAUAAGUAGCAAGGUUACAAAGUGAGUUGGGGGGGGUUAGUCUGUUGAUGAAGGGAAAGAAUAGAAAUCCAAAUCGUUCUUCUAUUUUCCGAAAUGUUCAUCUGAGUCCUCGUAACUCGGAAUCCGAAGGAAUUGUUUGGUAACAUGAACGGGGAAAGUUCGAAACUGAACGGUUACGGAUUGUGGUACCUGUUGGCUAAAUUUACACUUAUUACUUG